CAAACACGCAGCGGUCUCCAUAGCAGCCGGGGAGUUGUGCGCGUGUGCGGCAGCCGUUGCGCACUGCGCAGUGCAGAGCGGUAGGGCGGCGCGCGCAGGGCGGUACGGGACAGAGCGGAGGUGUUCUCCAGAAAUGAACCUUUAACCUGCUGAAAACUGCGCUUCUUCUCUGUCAACACGCAGACAGGUGUGCUCAUGGAGUCUCACCUGGACCGGCUCGCCCCACUGGUCCUUUCUCUGUACCUGCUCAUACACCUGUGCCUGGCAGCGCCAGGUCUACCUGGGACACAAAGAGAAGACUCACUAGAUUCCCAUCCUCCACCUGGUGCACUUCCCAAUCCCUUUGGAACCGGAGAAGAGGAGCGCAGAUUGUUGCAGAGUUUCGUUCAGUCCAGUCUGAAGAACAGCCAAGACGGAGCUGAGAUCAGGUCCUGGGAACAAGAGGUGUUCUUCCUGUUCCGCCUUUACGACUAUGAUCGCAGCGGGUUUUUAGAUGGCUUGGAGAUGAUGAAACUACUCUCUGACUAUAACUCUCUUCAUGCAUCUGGAGCAGAAGCCAGUGAGAUGGUGGUGUCAAUGGUGGACUUUUUACUACAAACUCAGGAUCUAAACCAUGAUGGCCUGCUGGACCCGUCUGAGCUGCUCUCUCCCUCAUCCUUCCACACACAGGGCUCAAUCAGAACACUUCACCAGGAGCAGGAGGUGGUGGUGGAGAACCAAGUACCAAACACGGUUACUGAAGAUCAGAACGUGGAAGCAGCAGAACACAGACAGCAGGAGGCUCACGAUGAGGUUCAGCAUCAGCAGGAAGUUGGUAUGGGGGAUGAGGAACCCAUGAAUCAAGUGGAUCGUCAAAACGAUUAUGUCCCAGCAGAAGAACAGGAGCAGAUCAAUGAUGUCCCCGUGCAUCAGGGACAAUCUGAGAUAUAAACAAACACUGGACCACUCUUGGUUUCUCUUCGUUUGGUGUCAGGACAUGAACUCUGAUCGUAUUCCACACGAGUUUAAACAUGCAGACGACUGAGGAAAAUUUACAUUUAUUCAAACUAAUCCUGCCACCAUAAUCUGAUAUUCUCUCCAGGAAAACAAGGAUUCUCUCAGCUUUUUAAAGGGGCACAGGUUCAAAAUGAAAUGGGUUUUUGCUUUCUGUAAUGAGACAUCAUUUUGCUUUUCCUACAUUGGUUUAAUUUAUUUAUCAUUUCCUAUCUCACCUUAAAAUGUGUUUUAUGUGGAGUUAGACCAUGCAACUAGACUGUUAGAUUUUAAAUCAGGACAUAAUCUGAAUAAGUACAGCCCACUUUAUUUAAUCCACCACAUCACCCUAAAUCAGGAAAUGUUUUAUGCAAAUACAGGAUUUAUCUGUAAUUUACACAACCAGUUCUGCCUAAAGAGCUGAUUUAAACCUAUAAAACACUGUAGGUGUGUCUAAAAUAAUUAAGCAUUCCUGAAAAACAUCUCUGUAACUGUGGUUUAUUUGCAGAUGGUAUUUAUUAAGACUCCUGUUUACAUUUACACCCAGACUAAAUAUUUAAAAUGUUAAAUAAAUGUGAUCACUUACUCUAAAAUGUGUUCACAGGAUGACAAUGUUUAAUAAUCGUGGAAUUUUAAUUAAAAUUUUUACUGAGUAAGAAUGGUUGCAGCUUAAAAAUAAAGCAGACUUUAUUGGA